AUGUCCGCGAACGGGUCGGCGGCCGCGGAGCCGCGGCUCUGCCACGUACGGAAAGUGCCCGACUUCGAUGGCUAUGGAUUCAACCUGCACGCUGAGAAGGGCAAGCCCGGACAGUACAUCGGGAAGGUCGACGAGGGCUCGCCUGCGGAGGUGGCUGGGCUGCGGCGCGGCGAUCGCAUUCUCGAGGUGAACGGGCAGAGCAUCGCGGGGGAGACGCACAAGCAGGUUGUGGCGCGCAUAAAGCAGCGGCCGGACGACGCGGAGCUGCUGGUGGUGGCGCCGGCGCCGGGGGAGGCGCUGCCCGCCGAGCUGGAGGCGCCGCCGCCGUCGCCGCCGCGCGCCCCCGCCGCCCCCGCCGCCCGGACGCUCCAGACGCUCCCGACGCGCCCCGCCUCAACCUCGCCA